AUGGAACUCCACACGAAGUUUAACCGUGGAAAAAUGUUUCAACAAGUUAAGUCCGUUGCCAACCAUAAUGCCUACGGUAAAGAUGUUAAAUUUAGAGUUCUGUCCCGUACGUGUGGAACCAGGUUUAGUACGUCGCAGUACAGUGAGUUCCUCAAACUCACUGAGAGCCUUCCUCUGUAUAUCGAUACAUUCAGAAAGUAUGGCUACGAUGAGGAUGAGUACGAAAUCGCAGGAAAAGACUUUGUGGUGUAUCUUCUUGCUUUGACAGAUCUUAUGCGGCCAAUGGUUGACUUACUAGUCAGUCUUCAAGGUUUGUCCGUCCCAUCGUGGAAAAUCUGCCUUUGGUGGCCAAAAGUCAGACAACGUAUCCAGAAAUGUAUUCCAAUUUCAUUUGAUUCUCCUGACCUUCCAUUGACAUCAAAUAAUAUAAGAGAUAUCAGGAAAGGGAAAUUUAAGGGAACAAAAGUUGUACCUGGAUGGCUCAAAGUUGAGAAGAAUGUCUUUGAAGAAAUGUCUGAUGGGAAGAAAACUAGAACAACCAAAUGGCGUGCUCGAGAUCUUAAGGACCGCCGAGUGGACUUGGAGGUUUUUUGUGUCGCAAUGAUUAAGUCAAUGGUUCUUCGAUUUUCUGUUAAAUCUGUUAAACGCAUGCAGAAACAAAUUGUAGCAGUUGACCUUGACGAGCUAAUUUCAUUGUGUUGUGGUCACAAAAAUCUAACUGCCGUUGUCGUUGAUGAGGUAAAGUUUGAAAACUAUGGAAAUCAAGAAUAUACCUGUCCUUCUGGACCUAUAUUUGCAGUCUUCCUCACAUCAAGAAUUUAUAUGGAUUGUUCAAAGGGGAACUCAGUCACAUUGUGCACCGCAACGUCAAACAAGCCCUUAAAUCGAUUAUUUGGGAGAAAAAGUACCGCGAAAUCAUGAAGCAAUGGUUCAAUGUUCUCCCUGAUAAUGAUGGGCAAAAUGAUGGGAUUGCUAAUGAACCCCUUUGUAAUUUUUCCAUUCUUGAUGAUACGGAAGCUCGCGCUUGUCUUGAACUUGGUGUAAAUUGUCUCCCAUUACAGAAUGUCUAUAGAAUGGAGUUCCAAAACGGUAAUUAUUCGUGUGGAUUAACUAUAAUAGCUUUUUGAAUAUAUGUGCAUAUAUAUUUUAUUUAUUCCUUUUUCAGGAAAGAUAGCUUUGACUGUGGUUAACGAAGACAAAGUGUAUGAGACCAUAUACACAAAUAAAACGGUCUAUUCACUUAUUGGGCCCGAGGGAUGCAUUGCUGUGGACAUUUCUCUUGGUAAGGGAGGCACCGUGAGGCUGUAG